AUGUUAAAUUUAGAAGCACCAAAGGUAGUCCUCAUUACUAGAGAAAACUUCAUAAAAAUUUUAAGAGUUAACAAACAGAAUGGAAAGAAAAUUGCAAUCGAUAACGAAGAGGAAUCUAGUAAUUUGUUAACUGAAAUAGUCAUUCAAGAAAGUGCACAAAAUUCUAGCUUCGAUGUUGAGGCAGAUAGUACUUUAUCGAUAAAUAAUCAGAUCUCUAAUGAUUCUAUCGAUCUCAUACCCAUACAAUGUGCUGACUCUCUUUCAGAUGAAUAUUUUAACUCUGAUGAAGAAAAUGAUGAGUGGAAUUUUGAUGCAGCUUUAACUUUGUUGCAUAAUGCAAAAGAAACAAUUAAGACAAAUGAACGAUUUGAUAAGGUUAAUGAUGGACGAGUUUCUUCAAACUUGAUAGAGGAUAGUCCCCUGAAAAGUAUGAAUGAAGCAUUGGUAACUAUGAAAUUUAAGUGUUCUAAAAAUACUAGUAAUAAAGUAAAUGAAUUAACAGUGGGAGAUAAAUGUGAUGAAGUGAAAGAUAUUCAAAUGAACCAGCAAGAUAAUACAAUUCAUGAAUGUGGUGGGCUUCAAAGGUCUAAUAAGAUGGUGAACCUUUUACAAACAUCAAAUGAUCCAGAGUUUGGUGAGGAAACUGAUACCUUAUUACCUAACUCUUAUUCAUCAAUCAAUAUUACUAUCAUUACUUCACAAGCACAAGCUAAAAAUAAUAGAAAAUCGAUUGAAUCUAUGCUCAGUGACGAGGAAGUUGAUGAAUUAUUAUAUGAUUCUUAUUCACAAAUUAAUAUUGCACAAGCUGAAAAUAAUAGAGAAAUGGAUAAACAGCCAUCAAUCAAUUUUAUCUCAGGAAUGCUUAAACAAAUGACCCUAGCAGAAAAUAGUACACAAGCAGAUGAUAUUGGAUCGAUUCAAGAUAAUGAUUAUGAGAAAGAUCAAGAAACAGGCAGAUGGAGACAAAACCCUGAUACAAAUGAAUGGAAUAGUUUGUUUGUAAAAGGUAAAACAAUUAAAACACAGGUAUAUAAGAUUAUAAAAGAAGAAGCAUUGGGCAUUAUAAAAGAAGAAGCAAGAAUCAGGGAUGAGAUGAUUGUAGCACAACAUUCCUUCAUGCUUGUUUUGCGUUUAGGGUGGAAC